AUGGAUAGUGUUGAUGCUGCUGAUUCCUCACGUUGUCCAGUGAGUGGGGUAGUGAAUAAAAUAGCUUAUGUAGUGUUGGUGCUACCCUCAAACUCUUUCAUCAUUAAUUUAAAUAGUUAAAGUAAUUUGAACAAUACUUAUAUGUUAAAACAUUAUGUAACAUAUCCUCUCUGUACUGUUGCCCAUACACCACGACUUCCAGAACAUUGCAUUGAGUACGUCAAAGUUAUUAUGUGGCCGAAAGAAAAUCCAUUUGACGGUCCUAUUGAUGGUGAUGAUCCUCAACAUUUAACCUGGAUAUACGAAAAAUCUCAUGAGAGAGCUAUAAAUUUUGGUAUUCAUGGUAUUUCCUACCGCCUUGUCCAAGGAGUUGUGAAAAAUAUUAUACCAGCUGUAGCAUCAACAAACGCAGUUAUUGCAGCUGUGUGCAGUACAGAAGCUUUUAAAAUAGCAACGAGUUGCAGUGCAUCGUUAAACAAUUACAUGGCUUUUACAGACGCAGAUGGGAUUUAUACUUAUACAUACGAAGCGGAAAGAAAUCAUCAAUGUGUAGCCUGCAGCCAAAGCUCGAGGGAAAUAAAAAUUGAAAAUAUAAACAUAAAACUAAAAGAUUUAAUAAAAAAAUUAUGUUUUGAAAGUGGUUUGCAAUUAAAAAACCCUGGAGUUACAGCAAAUAUUUUUGGUAAAAUGAAAACAUUGUACAUUCCGAAUAUUCCUAGUAUUGAAGAAAAAACACGCUUAAAUUUAUCAAAGAAGCUGUCAGACUUAGGUUUACAUGAAAAUUCUGAAAUAAUUGUUGCAGAUAUUACGACUCCUAACACGAUUGUAUUUAAACUUAAGCUGUCAUAGAUGUGUAUUAUUGAUUAAGCCAAAUGUACUUUUCUCUAAAUAUUUAUAUUAUCAAUAAAAAAUUUU